AUGGACAUGGACGACUCGCAGGCCAUCCGGGAGGCGAUGCAAAAGCGCAGCAACGGCGGCGCCGUCGUCCUCGAGGUCAAGAUCACCGUGACCAAGGCGCUGGACCUGACCUUUCUCAGGCACAUCGACUUCGCCACCACCGGGACCAUCAAGUUCACCGACGACGUGGCGACCCUUGUAGCUUUGCAGGUGACCCCUCAAACGUGGUUCAACCUCGUCAUCUACAUGUACCUCCACACCAGCAGCAGCAUCCAAGACACCGACUGCGCUUCUUUCAAGCCCAAGACGUCCUCUGUCGUGGUCGAGAACCUAGCCUGCACCGGCUCGCACGGCAUCUCGGUCGGUUCCCUAGGCCAAUACUACCACCAGGUCGGCAUGGAGGAGGACCUGUACGUGUAA